CCUCUCUGCCUCCGACGCUGCGGCGAGCGAGGGCUCUGCGCUCCCUGGCCAAGGAAGGGCGGCGAGGAGGAGGAGGAGGAGGAGGAGAUUUGCUGCUGCGGACUCCAGGCUGCCAAGCGCCGUGCCCAGGCCAUGUCGCAGGUGCUGCAGAACCAUGUGCUGCGCGUGGGCCAGACCGUGUGUGUGCCCUGCCAGGAGGGCAGCCAGGCCCUGCGCCCGGCAAGGUACCCAGGCUGCUCCACGCUGCCCAUCCAGUGUGUCUACUACUCCAGGGAGAGCUGGGCCAACAACCCCCCCCCGGUGCCCACCGGCACGCAGCUGCGCCCCGGUGCCCGGCUGUGCGCAGCCCACCCUGCGCUGGAGCAGCUGGCAUCAAAGGGCACCUCUUUGGAGACACCCACAGCCCCCUGCCAGCCAAAGGAGGAAGAGGAGGAGACCAACACGGAUCCCGAGGCUCACCUGGUGUCUCCUACCUUGGACAUAUCCAUAGAGAGCCUCAACCAGCUGAUCCUGGAAAUCGAUCCGACCUUCCAGCCGCUCCGGUGCCAGCCGCUGAGGGCUGAGGCACCGCCUGCUGCUCAGGGGGACGCUGCUGCCACCAAGAAAGCAGAGCCAGAGGCAAUAGACAUCAAGUACAUCGAGAUGACUGCAGGCAGUGCCACCUGUGCCCAGCUGCUGCAGGGCUCCCCCAGCCCCUCCAGCACCCCCUGCUCCAGGUGCCCCCAGGGCAGCAGCUCCCUGCCCCAGACAGGGGGGCUGAGAGGCGCCUACAGCGCCGGGGCCAGCCUGGUCUUCUCCAGCCCUGCCAGCCCCAGCUCGGGCACCCCAACUGCUGCCUCCUCGCCCUGCGGCAUCGCCGUGCCCCAGCUGUGCCCGGCUGGGCAGGCAGACAGCAUCUCCUAUGGCAGCUCUCCGGGCUCUGACAGCCUGCUGAAGCCCGUGCAGGUGGUGAAGGCCCAGCAGAGGGGCAGUUGGGUCUCCAUGCUGUCCACCAGCCCUGGCUCAGACACCAGUUACAUCCUUGGCAGCAGCUUCCAGUCGCUCCACAACGAUGAUUCAGAUGCCCACCCUCCUGCCUGCCCAUCCCCUGCCAGCUCCCUGGGCAGCCCCUGCCCACCCUCCCCAGGCAUCAGGUCUCACUCUGGAGAAGCUUUUGGCCUCAGUCCCCAGCAGCCCAAAGCAACCUGCUCCACCAAAGCCAACAUCUGCCCAUCCCAGAAGGGGCAAGCCAGCAGCUGCCCCCCCUCCAUCCUCACCUGCACAGCUGACAUCCCAGUGCUGCUGGUCAACGGCUCCCUGGAGCAGGGAGAUGAAGCUUCCAGCCUGGCCAACAAGCCCCCAGCCUCUGCCAAGCAGCCCUCCUCUCCCAGCUGCAGCCCAACCCUGAGGCUCGGUGGCCUGAACAAUGCACUCUCUGCACCAGCUCUCUCCUGUGUCUCGGAUGGUCCCCUCAAGGCUGGGCAGCCCACCAUGAAGUUUGUGAUGGACACAUCAAAGUACUGGUUCAAGCCGAGCAUAACCAGGGAGCAAGCCAUCCAGCUGCUGCGGGACAAGGAGCCAGGCACGUUUGUGGUGCGGGACAGCACGUCCUACCGGGGCUCCUUCGGGCUGGCCGUGAAGGUUCCCGGAGCUGCAGCCAGCAGCCAGACAGGUGAUGAGAGUGGAGACCUCGUCCGGCACUUCCUCAUCGAGUCCUCUGCCAGAGGGGUGCACCUGAGAGGGGCCAGUGAGGAGCUCUACUUUGGCAGCCUCUCUGCCUUCGUGUACCAGCAUGCCAUCACCCCCCUGGCACUGCCCUGCAAGCUGAGAAUCCCCACCAGAGAUCUUGCUGAUGGAGAAGACAGCCCUGACUGCGCCCCAGACCCCACACUGGCCCCACUGAAGCAGGCUGCUGUCUGCAACGUCCUGUACCUCAGCUCUGUGAACGUGGAGACGCUGACCGGGGCCCCAGCCAUCCAGAAAGCCAUCUCCAACACCUUUGAGCUGGAAACCCUGCCCACCCCCACCCUGGUGCACUUCAGAGUGACCGAGCAGGGCGUCACCCUGACCGACAUCCAGAGGAAGGUGUUUUUCAGGAGGCACUACCCCCUGGCUGCCCUCAGGUUCUGCGGGAUGGAUCCUGAGAACAGAAAGUGGCAGAAGUACUGCAAGUCCUCAAGAAUCUUCGGGUUCGUGGCCAAGAGCCAGACGGACUCACAGAACCUCUGCCACCUGUUUGCAGAGUACGACAGCGUGCAGCCGGCGGCGCCUGCCAUCGACCUCCUCUGCAAGCUGCUGCCGGGCCCAUAGAGGACACAAAGCCCAGGACAGCUCAGGACUGGCAGCUGCCCACGUGCUGCCCAGCCUCUCCUGCUCGCCUUUGGGCAGCAGCUCCUAUUUAUAUCAGUCUGUUAGGCAGCACCGUGCCAAGAGUCCCAGCCGCGGACUGUGCUCCGCUGGGAUGAGAUCUUCCUCCCCAAGGCACCACAGGGCAGUGCCACCUCAGGACAGCUGCCCGUGGGAAGCUGUGCCAGGCUGGAAGCAGGGCUUCAGGAUGAGAGCUGUGCUCACCAUACAGAACUGCUGCUUCCCUCCCCCUUCUCCUGGCUUUGGAGCACAGGGACACUCUGCUGGGAUCUCCUCUGGCAGCAGGGGAUGGUGGCACUCGGUGCCCAACCGAGGGACGCUUGAUGGAGCUGAGCUCCCACCUUCAGGGCUCAGCCCUAAACACCCACCCAGUGUCAUAGGAGGGGAGGGCAGGGGGGAGAACCUCCCCUCAGCAUCAAGAGGAGUUUUGUACAUCAAAGCCUAUAAAAUCACCAAGCCUGGAUGGAAAAAUCUUCCUGCCCUGGAGCCGUGGUGAGGCAGAAAUGUCAGA